AUGCCACCCAAAAUUAAGUCUGGGGGUAAAGCCGAGGAGGACGCUGGACGGGAUGUUCCUCCGGACGCGGCCGGUGAUGGAGGGAAGAGAGAAGUGAGCGAGCGAGAGGCCCUCCUGCAGCAGGAACACGACAAGCUGACGGCCGAGCAGGAGGCGCUAAGGGGCCGCUUGGAGCAGCUGCGCCGGGAGAACGAGUUCCUCCAGGAGGAGGCCGAGAGGGUCCGCGUGGAGAGCCAGGAGUAUUUGUCGUACAUGAAGAAGAGGAGCCAGCGGCGUCAGGACGCCAUCGUCAGCCUGAGCGACCAGAACCAGCGGGAGCUGCAGGACAUUCAGCAGCAGAAGGGAGAGCUGCAGUCCCGCCUCGACGCAGAAGAAGCCGAGCUGCGGGAGCAGCUUCUCCAGAGAGAGCGUGAGCUGGCCCGGCUGACACGGGAGAUCGGAGAGCUGCGUCCGGCGAGGGAGCUGCAGACGGAGCAGAUCUCCCUCAUAAAGGAGCUACAGGACCAGGUGAUGGCCGCUCGAGGAAGACAUGCGCAAGCGCUGCUGGCGGUGCAGGCUGCGUUUCUGCAGGAGAGGGCCCGAUGUCACCAGGACUGCGAGCUCCAGCUGCAGCAGCUGUCGGAGGAGGCCCAGGCGGAGGCCACGCGAGCCCUGCUGGAGGUCAGCGCCAAGACCGAGGAGGAGAACCGGCAGCUCCGGCAGGAACUGCUCCGUCUGAUCGGCCAUGCGCGCCUCCUGCAGGAGCGGAAGCAGAAAGUGACGGAUCAGAACCAGCGGCUGCGGAGGGAGAGCCGCGAGGAGCCAGGAGAAGCCGGGCUCCCGCUACAACGGGCCUAA